CUCUCGUUGUCAGUCAAUAAAAUAAAACCCAAAAAUUAGAGACAAGAGGAAAGUUUUUAUCAUGUUUUUCACUUGUUGACGUUUGUUUUGUUUUCCUUUUGAUAUUUUCUCACCGUCCGCAAACAAUUAAAAGCCCCACUGAGUUGGCCGUUAUCGUCUAAUUAUAGACGGUAAACGUUGGAAAAAAAAUAAAGGCUAGGACCUCAUUUAAAUGAUUAUCGUAUGAAAACCAGGCCUCGUUAGGUGACAAGUGAUCUUUUUCACUUUUUUUUGUUACAAACUGGUGUAAAAUGCAGGAUCCAGAGCCAGGAGAGGUUGAAGUGCUUGAGGACAAUGGAAAACAAUACCCACCAAAGUGGAUUCCUGUCGACAGGAAAGGGACACCUGAAAAUCCUCCAGAAGAAGAGGAAGAAGAGAAGCCCGAAAAAAAGGUGCACUUUUUCAAAAAAGACAUGUCCCUUUUGUUGAUAAAUGUCAUAUUAUUCUGUUCACACUUGGAUUUCCUACAAGAAGAACUGCUUGGGCGAUCGAACAAUCUAAAAGUAACGAUUAUGCUGUCGUUUAGUAUAUUUUUCCAGUUGGCCCUUGUUCUAAUCGUGAUACUGAAUAGUUCAUAUUUCCCAGACUUGUCCAGACGAAUUUUCAGUUGCUCAUUUUUAAACAAACCUGACAGGCAACAUGUCAAUGUUGACACAGUAUUGAAUGAUCUGACAUUUUUCACUAUAUUAGUCUUACUUAUGCUCAACGCUGCUAUUUUUGUCUGUUAUAUUACAGCAGAUCAUUGAAAUAAGGCUGUACUGGACUGAUUAUUUAAAAAAAUGCAAAGUAAAUUUUAAUUUAAAACAAUUUCUUGUUAGUGCUCAGAAUAGAAAGCAAAUUAAUUAUGUUAUGUUGAUGUUUUUAUUUUAUUGUCUGUUGAUACUUUUUUUAUAUAAUGAGAUAUUUUCAUUUUGUCAUUGACAGUGUUAUCUUUAUUUUUAUAAUUAAUCACGUUAUAGGAAUUAUCCCGACUAUUGUUGUGUUGUUUUCAUUGUCUUUGUUGCUAAAGUAUGGUUUAUUCUUGUUCUAUGAAAAUGUUCACUGAAAGCUUAAGUUUCCUGCAAGGAAGCAAAUAUUUGAAUAAAAACCAACCUUCUGAAUGUCAGUUAUGCAUAAUGUCUGAUAAAAUGUUUUAUGGAAAACUGCCCAUCUUCUGGGUAGACACUGUAUGUAAUGACUGACAGUGUGUUUUAUGCAUAAUAACCAAUUUCUAGGUGGACAUUAACAUAAUGACUGAUUGUGUUUUAUGUUUAAAAUGACCUAUUUCUUUGGCCAGUAUUGAUCAUUUUAAGCCAAGAGAGCAUUAUACAUUAUGUAUACUGUUCAAUUAUUCAUAUAGAAAUACAUCUGUAAUAAACAUCUGUAGUAUAGGUGUAUAUAAAGGAAAAAAGAGCAUAAUUUUGUUUGUAACAAUUAAUAUCAUUGCUUUUGUAAUAUUUUAAUGUACACAUUAACAAACAUAUUUUAACCUGUUUAUGAAAUUGUUUUAUGUGUAAUGACCAUCUUCUGUGUGGAUAUAUGGCAUAAUGACUGUUAAAGUGGGUUUUAUGCAUUACGAUAAAUUUUCUGGGUUAAAUUAAACAUAGUGACUGAUAAACUGAAUUUAAUGCAUAAGAGCCAAUCUUCUGGGAGGACAUAAAAAAUAAUGACUGAAAAAAAGUGUGUUUUAUGCAUAAUGACCAAUCUUCUGGGUAAACAUUAUACGUGACUAUAUAAGUGUGUUAUGUAAAAUGACCUAUUUUCCUUGGCUUGUAUUGAUCAUUUUUAAGCUAAGUGUGCAUUACAAUGGCUUGUCAUUAAGUAUAACAUCAAAUUAUUAUUAUAGUAAAUAAUAUAUAUCUGUAGUAGAGGUGAAUAAGGGAAAAAAGAGCAUAACUUUGUAAUAUCAUUGCUUUUGUAAUAUGUUGUAUUGUUAUGUACAAAUUAACAAAUGUAUUUUUAACAUAUUUAUGAAGAGACAGUUAAAACAAAGUUCUACUU